AAAGCCCUUCGAUAAAGAGUUGAAAAUUUGAGGUUUUAUCCGGCUCGUGCAGCAAUCACCACAAGCGGCGCCGACUCGACCAGGACUGGGUUGUCCCCCACCGAUUUCCCACCUUCAAUCGGCUGAAGAGAACGAUCCCCAUGGCGGCCGCUGGUGUCGGGAAGAUGUUGCAGAGGCGAAUCCUCUCUCUGUUCGCCUCUAAUCGUGCCCGGAAUCUUCCUCCCACUGAAGCCUCGCAACAUAUGCUUCCUUCUGCAAGUACAUUAUUCAGUAGACACAAUCUUUUUGAAAGAAGCUUGAAGACUCAAGCAGAGGCCAUUGUGGACUGGAAAAAACAAGUCAGGGGCAAAAGGAAUACCGACAAACAGGAGCAGGAGAGCAAUGACAAUUCCGAAGGCAAGUACUCCGUCGUUUCCAACUUGAAAACUUCUUCAAGGCAUGAUCUUGCCCUGGUCUUUACUUGCAAGGUCUGCGAGACAAGAUCGGUGAAGACGGCUUGUCGUGAAUCAUAUGAGAAAGGCGUAGUCGUGGUUAGAUGCAGCGGCUGCAAUAAUCUACACCUGAUAGCAGACCGGCUUGGGUGGUUCGGAGAGCCUGGGAGUGUAGAGGAUCUGUUGGCUGCUCGAGGAGAGGAAAUCAAGAAAGGCUCUGUUGAUACCUUGAAUUUGACUUUGGAGGAUUUAGCUGGAACCAGAAAUUGAGAAUGCUUCUGAAUGUUGCUCGUGUGAAUCACACAUGUUUUCCCUUUAGAAAAAAUUUGAACCUUGAUCUUCUCACUUGUUGGCAGUUGCUUCAGGUUGUAAGGUAGAAUUACUGAAGCCUCUUCAGUGAAUUUUCGCGGAUAUUAUGAGAACAGUAGCUUUGUCAUUA